AUGAGCGGUUCACAAACUAAACAAUCAUCAAUUCAAGUUGUUGUAAGGGUACGACCAUUUACAAAAUCUGAAAAACAAAGACUAAUAUCCUCUGCAUUAGACACUUCUAACAACAGCAAUACACAAAGAGCUUUAGAAACUAAUGGUAGUACCAAUACUAAAAUGUUUAAACUGGGUGAUGAUUCGAUUUCAUUGAUAGAUACAUCAUUAGAUUCUGGGGGGUACAGUGCAAAUAAUAAAAAUAAUGGGGGAUCUGAGUCUGAUAAUCUUUCUUUAUUAUUGAAAUUAAAGCCAGCAGGUAUUAGGAAAAUAGUUGAUUGUGUAGACGAUAAAAUGCUAAUAUUUGAUCCACAAUACGAAAAUGGUAAUAAGGAUGAUAUUAAUUCUUAUACAACAAACAAUAAGGUUACAGAUUACAACAGUAAUGUUUCCACAAUUAUAGGUCCCAAAAAAAGAAGAACAUCCGGUAUUACUAAUAUUAACGGCAAUGCUAUUAAGGCUAAAAAUACUAAUAAGAAAAGCAGCAGAUCGCUAAUUAAUUCCAAUUCGUUGCUUUCUUGUUAUAACAGCAACGGAUUAUCGAUACCUAGAUAUAGGAAUGAACAUAGAUUUAUUUUUGAUAAGUUAUUUGAUGAAUCAGCCACACAACAAGAAGUUUAUGAAUGUACUACAAGACCUUUACUUGAUAGUAUUUUAGACGGGUAUAAUUGUACAGUUUUUGCAUAUGGGGCCACAGGAUGUGGUAAAACCUAUACUGUUAGCGGAGAUCAUACCAAUGAUGAAGACCAUGGGAUAAUAUAUAAAACAAUGGAGGAAUUGUAUUGUCGAUUGGAAGAAAUCAAAAAAACAAAAAUAUGUACUAUAACGGUAAGUUAUUUAGAGAUCUAUAACGAAAGUAUUAAAGAUUUAUUAGCACCACAAACUAGUGCAAAAAAAUUAGUAAUUAGAGAAGAUUCUGAACAAAAAAUAACAGUUUCCAAUUUAUCGUAUCAUACUCCAGAAACGGUGCAAGAUGUAAUGGAUCUAAUAACCUUUGGUAACCAGCAUAGGGCUACUUCACCUACCGAUGCUAAUCAAACAUCAUCCAGAUCGCAUGCAGUGUUACAAAUACAUGUUACGCAGCAGGAUAGGAAUGUUAGUGAAAAUUUGACUGAGAACCAAUUACUGGCCACGUUAUCGAUUAUUGAUUUAGCAGGAAGUGAAAGAGCAGCUGCCACCAAAAAUAGAGGUGAAAGACUACAAGAGGGCGCUAACAUAAACAAAAGUCUUUUGGCACUAGGUAAUUGUAUCAAUGCGUUGUGUAGUUCAGGAGUGCCUGGUGGUACUGUAACACAUAUUCCAUAUAGAGAUUCCAAAUUGACUAGAUUAUUAAAAUUUUCAUUAGGUGGCAAUUGUAAAACUGUUAUGAUUGUUUGCUGUUCUCCAAGCAGUGAGCAUUAUGAUGAAACUUUAAACACUUUAAAAUAUGCCAAUAGGGCUAAAGAGAUUAAGACUAAGUUUAUUAAAAAUCAGAAAACGUUGGACAAACAUGUUGGAUCGUAUUUGAAAAUUAUCCAAUCACAAAGAAAAGAGAUUGAAGAAUUGAGAAAUCGGGAUAGGAUGAAUACUAGGCUACAAAUAAACAAGUAUAAAAUUGCAAGAGAAAAGCUGUAUAUGCAUAUGUUUGAUAUGCUUAAUAAAUUACAAACAAAUUUUAAUACACACCAUAAAUAUGUUUCUACCAAGUUUACGAAAAGUUUGAUUUUAUGCAAAAGAAGGUUUUUGCAAUUAUUAAGUUUACAAAUCAAGCAAAUCACGAAAAAUAAUAAUAAUAAUGACACAUUGUCUGAUUCCACAAUGCAAAUGUGCCAACAGAUGGAAGAUAAGUUCCAUUUGAAAAUUAUAGAACUAGAAAAACAGUUUGAUCAAACGCCAGAUAUUUUUGACUUAGCUAUAGAGCAUUUAGAUUUACAGAACUUGCAAAAUAUGGAAAGUUGGAAUGAGACAGUUGAUAUGCCUAUAUUGGAGACAUAUAUUAAAUGUAUCAGAGAAAGCUUAGGCAACGAAAUUUUAACCAACUCUACAUUAAUCAUGGAGGAACUGUUGAAGAAUAAUGAAUUGGUCAACACGUUAACAUUUUCCAUGAACCUGGAUGGAAAUCUUGGAUCGUACAAAGAUGAACAGUUAGGUAAUAUUUUAACUUCGUUAAAGGAUAUUGACUUCAUUUUUGAAAAAUUUGGUGAGAAUAUAUACGAUACGUUUACAAGGUAUCAGGGUAAAGUUGAAAAUAAGGAAGGUAAAAGUUUAAGAUGGAGCGAUAACGUGGUUGAGUAUAGCAAUACUACUUUUAGUAUUAGUACAAGUGACAAAAGCGAUGGAGAAGGGGAUGAAUCGAAUUUAGAUAUUACAAUGCCAUCACGCAUUGAAGAAGAUAAUAAUAAUAAUCGAUCAGUCACGACAUAUGAUGAUAGUGCUAGUAUUGAUGAGGUGAACAAUAAUGAACUAAAUACGAAUAUUAAUUUAUCAAUGGGAAAGCAGUUGAUAUCAGACAUAACCAGUCUAAAUAUACUUGGCAUGGGAGAUACAAUUCAAAAUACUGGUAGUAAUCCAAAUAGGUUAUCAUUAACUGCCACAUCAAUAUUAAAAAAAAAAUAA